AUGGAAAUAUAUAGACCAGCACACUUGCUUCGCGUAUUCUGGUUUCGAAGAUUGUCUCCGUCCUGCAAUAGCGGUCACAGGGAUCACACUUUCUCCUCAUUUCAAGCAUCACCUAUCCCCUCCUUAUCAGCCCAGUUCGAGCCGAUUUAUUCGACUAACUCUGACUGGAACGAUCGGCGUCGGCGUAGCUACCAUUUCCCCGAUAACACGGAAGAAGUUGGCCUGAAUCGGACGCUUUUGAUAACCGGUCUUUCCUCUAUGCAUGAUUCGAAACGGCGACUCUAUAAAUCUCAAGGAGACACGAUAGACGAGGGAGAGAUCUGGUCGGACGGUGGUCCUAUUUGUGAUGAGGAGGUGAUGUGCCUAGGCUACCUUGAAGAUGCAACUAACAGUGCUCCCGACCUGUGGUACCUGGCGAAUAAGGCGUCUGUUUCUCGAAGCAAUGAAACCAAGAGAGGCAUCGCACGUCUUUUUGUGAAAACGCCGCCCAGACUUACUAUGCCCAAACUUGGGAUCAAAAUCAGUCAAACGAGUAGUACUGAUGCAGGCGGUAGAAGCACCAGUUUCGAGGGUCAGCAAGAAACAGACGCUGAGAUUAGUGGAGGAAAGCAAGAACUUCCGGCCGGUCGACACAAGGCGUCGCCAGGUGUGGUUCGACUUGAGGCGGUGACUGGACAGACUGUCCGAUUGGCCUGCCACGUACUUAAAUGGGGUCUGCCGCGGGCUCAGCGCGUCUGGAUGCGCAAUGCACAACAAAUCCACGAGGUCUCUAUGAGCAGGUCAGUUUAA